AUGACGGAGAUUGGGCUUUGGAAGACGGAAGCUUUGAUCAAACCGCACUACUUGCGUAGCCACUUCAGUUCGUUAACACAAAUCCUACCCAUUCCGGUUGUGGUGGUGCUCGCGAGCCCAACCGAUGCAGAACACACAGCCCAUCAGCCACCCAACGCAGGAAGCAAUAUGGAAGAUCUGUACCACCGAAUACUAGAUGACAACGAAUUUAGCUCCCAUGCAAAUGUGCGCUUCAAUCGGCACAGUGAAGCACGCGACCGGCAACUGUCGGGAUCGCCCUAUCUGCGACGUGAAAAUGAACCUCCAGUUCCACCGCGAUGGCAGGAUCCAUCAACGUCAACGCAGACGCGAAUAAACAAUAAUCGUAAGAUUAAUCUGGAGCCUUAUAGGGCUCCCGCUAGCUUAGAUAAUGUAAUGAGCAGCUUUGACGAGCUCACCGUAGAAGACCGUGGGUCCCCGGGUCGCUCGGUGGACAGUUCUGUCGCGCUCGAUGAUGUGCAAGAGCAGAGGGCAAUGUUUGAGCGUGAAGGGCUUGCCGAUGUGUUGCGUGACCCGGAGCUGCACGAAGAGCGUCAUCGGGUUCUCGUGAACAGCUACACGGAGAAUCACUUCCCUGCCUACCGACGGCAUCGCCGAUCGUUGCUAAGACGUCGGUCGAUCCGUUUGAAGGAAUCCGAUAAAGAGAGCGAACCAAAGUCACCCUCCUACGGCGGUGGAGAUGCUUCGAGCAUGAUACCCAACUCCGACACAGCUUCCGCGAAACCACAGCCAAACCACGCCGCGGAUGCUAAUUCCAAUGUACAUUCGAACCUUCCCCAACACGCUGGACCUACGGCAGGAACUUCCAAUUCGCAGACCAGCUCCCCUAGCGUUAAGACAGAUACAGCCAAUGCGUCACCGACCGGUGGACGUUCCGCCACCCAAGAUGCGACGAAGAAAGUCGAACACCUUUCAACCGUAACCGGUACGACUGAGCGAGCAAUUAUGCUGCCACAAUCUUCAACCCCCGCACCAACUGUCUCCGCCGGCCACCAGCGGCAUCCGGCCGGCAUCGCUAUCGACAGUUUCAAUUUGCUAGACGACAGCGUGUACAUCACGCCCGCCCACGGUCAUCGCAAUGACAGUGGCGGCACAUCGCAACGGUUGCCUUCGCUCGGUACGGAUCUGACGCUUGACGCGAACGGGAACAUUUUUGGCCGCGAAAACUUCGACGAGCAAAUUAUCUUUCUCAAUGGACCGGAUCUGCUGGAGACAAGUGCUGAGCAGCAGCAGCAGCAGCAGCAGCAGCAACAGCAAGACUCGCCAGGAGAUGAUGCUGAACGGAGACAACUAGCAGGGAAGGUGGCACGUGAAGUUGCCCGAGAGGUAGCCGGCCUGGAGGUGGACGGGUUCGUGGCAGAUGAACCUCAAGCGCUGCCGCUGAGACCGAUUAUACGCGGCCCGUCCGACGAGCAUGUGGUGGAGGACAAUGUGGUGGUGGUGUACGCCGACCAGCACGAAACGGUCCGGCUGAACUGCGAGGUUGAUGCCGAUGUCACCUCGAGCGUUUGGCUCAAGGACGGUCAGAUAGUGCACGUGAUGGACAAAAAGUCACGCACCGCCGACAUCCGGUUCGUGCGGGAACCGCUCGGUGCGCUUACCAUCUCGAAUGUGAUGCUCGAGGACGAUGGCGUGUGGCAGUGUGAGGCGGAAAAUGCACGCGGUUUCUUCUUCAAUGGGCGACCAAUAAAGUUGAUUGUGCUCGAUCCUCCGAAGGAGCCGUACCUUCUGAUCGAUUCCCGGCGGCUCGAUGCGGGCAACAUGUUCAUCCCGGUGAAGGAAAACUCCGAGCUGGGGCUUGCCUGCGUAAGCGAGGGUGGCAACCCCAAGCCGACGCUCACCUGGGAAGUGUUGCUUAGUCCCGGUAUCGACCGGCAUGCACAGAAAAUAUCCAGCGAAGUACUGGAGCUGCAGGAAAUCAAGAAGGAUAAGGACAAGGAACCGUACAAGAUCAAUGCCGGUGCCAUAUCGGAGGUGAAGCUGCCGGCCGUCUUCCGGGUGCAUCACAACGCUCGCAUCCUCUGCAUCAUGGAGCAUCCGACGCUGAAAGUGCGCCAAAACGCAUCGAUUCUGCUCGAUGUGCAGUACACACCCUCGUUUGCCAUCACGCGAACGCCCGGCUUUGGGUAUCCGCUACGGGAGGGCAUCGAAGUUUCGCUCAAGUGUGAUGUCGAUUCGAACCCGCCCAGUACGCCGCUGUGGCAGAAGGACGAUGGGGAUCCGCCGGUACCGCAAACGGGCGAUGGAUUUCUCAACUUCAGCUCGAUCCGGCGGGAACAUUCGGGCUGGUACAAGUGUACCUCGAGGCAUCUCAAUUUUCAGUACUCGAGCAUCGGAUAUUAUCUCAGCGUUCGAUAUGAACCAGUGGACGUAACAUCGGAACCAGUCGAGCAGGAUCUGCCCAUGUCACCGUCCUCCUCUUCAUCCUCGUCGUCUUCCUCCUCCUCCUCCUCCGUGUCAGUGGCGUCCGCCGCCGGCGGUACACUGCCGGGAGGUUCAUCCACCGGUGGCGCUUCAUCCGGCGUCACAGGAACGGAUCAGUCCGGUACCAACUCCUUCAAAGGAGGUCAAAUGGAAGUUGAGCUCGGUGGGUCUGUUACGCUGCAGUGUCCCCAAGGUUCACUCGGUUGCUGGUCGCACUUGGAUCCACUUACAGCACGGCUGAAAGGACUCGGCGCUGGCAUCUACACACCUACGGGGCAGUUUUCCCUCAAGGAUGUUGUCUAUCAGGACGCGGGAACGUACAAAUGCGUCGGCCAGAACUCAAACAAUCGCAAAAAGCUUGAAGUGCUGCAGACGGUUUCUAUCGCUGUUAAAGGAGCUCCAAGUGUAAGUGCCAGAAAUACGACGCCCGUUGCCUAUCCUGGAUCACCACUUCACCUGUCGGUGGAAUUCUGUGCCAACCCUCCGGCGUAUGCCGCUCGAUGGCUUCAUGGUGAUCGGGUCUACACGCCCGGAAAUCAGUAUGGAACUGAUGUCCUUGCCUAUGGUUUCAUAGACCUGCCAACGCCGUUCUGCAAGGAGGCACGUCUGACCUACGUGCACAUGCACGAGAAGGUUCCGCGGACGUUCUACUUCAUCGUGUCCUCGCCAGGCGGUGUUGCCGAAGCCGUGUUCAAAGUCAACUACACGCUCAAACACAAGCAAAUGGGGUCCUCGUCCUCGGGUGCAUCCGCUUCCGGGGCCGGUUCCGGCUCGUUCGGUAGCCCAUUCUCGCUGUCCUCCUCGUCGUCGUCGUCGUCCGGUUCGGGUACGGCAGUUAAUGGGGGCAGCUCGGGGUACAAGAUCAACACCAACACCAUCAACACGGUGCCCGGCAAUGGGUUGGACGAUGAUGAGGAGCUGAUGGAACCGGAAGAGAUUCACUUUCCUAUCUUUGGCACUGGUAGUAGUGCACGCGGUCGUGAAGCGCUUCCUGUCGUAUUGCUCGCACUGAGCAGUCUAUUGUGCAGUGGGCUGGCUAGGACGCUCAUCAACGGCCCUUAUUAUUGUCUAUAG